AUGGAGAUAGCCUUCCACAGUAACAAGUGUGCUCUAAAAGAUUCUCUCCGUCUUAUAAAGAUAGGAAAGAGCCCGUGCUGGAAAAGAAAAUCAAAACUUCUAUCGUACUCAGAAGGGCUAAUCAGCAGUAACAAGAACAUUAUAUCGCUGCAUGCAGGAAUCUCAGAGCAUGAAAAGAAUGAAUUUACAAAACUAGAAGAGCAGUUCAUCAAUCUAUCAAAUACUACAGUAAGCAGCAAAGGAGAAUGUGCCGUCUGCAGAAGAGACUGUCUAGAAGACCUCUCCAAUGAGCAAAGAAUAGAAGACACAGCAGACGAAAGAAUAGUUGCAUACUACGACAGAGAACAAGAGAGUAGAACAAGCAAAAUAGAAGAAGUAACAGGACGGAUGGAAAGACUGAACACCAAGGCAGAGUACAUUGAGUCAAUAAUAAACAUGCACAAAGAAGAACUGGAUAAGCUGGCGUAUAACAACACAUCGUCACUAGAAUACUCUGAGUCGCACCUGUUGGAACUAGAUGGAAUCAUGCGAAGAAAAAGAAGAGCACUCUUUAUUAAGAAGUGGCUUAGCGGUUUGCUUGUUUUUUUCUGUUUUGUUUCCCUUCUUCUUCUCAAGCCGUUCAUUCCAUGA